GCAGGCGCAAGCGCUCGUCCGCGUGUGACGCUGUGACGCGUGACGCUGUUUAAAACGCUCUUCCCACGAGCCGUCUGAAUCACUCACCUCACACAGACACCAAGGGAGAGGAGAGCAUGAUCCAGUCCAUACUUAAACUCUCUCUGACUGCUGGUAGCGUCUCACUGAAACCACACAUAUUCUUUACAGACACAUCUAUGUUUGUGACGUCACUUUACCGCCGGAGCUGGUUUGUGUGAACAGACGUCCACCUGAACCUUUCAAAUAUCACCAAACGAGGACAUAGUUUGCAUGAAACUGUGGCCAGAUAAAAGCCGUGGAUGCAACUGCGCUCCAUUCAUAGAAGAAAUGUGGAAGGGUGUCAGAGGCUCUGAAGAGGUCCAGCUGACCACCGGCUCUGCUAACAUCUCCCCAAAGCCCAGCCCGACGCGCACCAUGUCCCUCAGCACCUUCCACCUCAUGCAAACCCUCAAGAACUCGCCUGCCGCGCUGCGUCGCCGCUUCCGCCGCGACCGCACGGAGUCUCUGUCGCACGGGGACCCUCUCUUCAAGGUGCACUACCUGGGCACGGAGAAAAUCUUCUCCCUGGACCGAGAGCAGGCGCAGUACGCCAUCCGCCACCUGCUCGACGGCAUCGCCAACGGGAAGAAGCUGAACAAGGAUCACGCCCUGGUGGUGCGGCCGAGGUACGUGGAGGUGAAGGAGCUGAGCACGGGCCGGCAGCUGACCAAGACGUACCUGCAGGACAUCGCGUACUGCGCCGCAGACGCCAGCCGGCCCAACGUCUUCCUGUACAUCUGCAAACAUCAGGGUCAGCAGCUGCAGUGCCGGGUGUUCUGGUGCAGCCGGGCGGAGCGGGCGCGGGACAUGACGGCUUGCCUGGCACACUCGUUCCAGCGGGCGCUGAGCGACUGGCAGCAGGACGGAUCGAGCACGCUGCAGCCGGGAGAAGUGACGGCGAAGCUGCUGGAGGAGUCGUCCAACUCUCCUGCGAACAACAAGAGUUCCACACUACCUGCCAGCCUGGGGAAAGUUCGCUGGAGAAAGAGAGGCUCCGUGUCUCGCAGCCCCCUCCGGGCCAUCAGCAGGCGAGGCUCUUCCUCUGACAGCUGGAGCUGAACCGCAGCUUUAACCCUUUUGAACAUGGGGGACUACUUUAACCUGACGACUACCUGAAGGACUGCAGCACUGACCAGAGGGAGGGAAUGUUACGACACAGAGGGAAUGACAAAGGGGAUUAAACCAGGAGGUGGUGAAGAGUCCAUAUUUGGACAUGUGAGGACUCCGCUUGUGAUGGGACGAUGUCAUAAUCAGCGAGCGUGUGGCCUUGAAGGUUUUUGAUGCAUCAAAGUUCUCUUGACUUUUGCAAGAGUGGCGUCGAUUGUGGCACAAAAUACUGCUGACAGCUGCUAUACGUGAGGACUUGUAACCGGCUGCAGGCCAUUUGAGGAGUGGACUGAUUAAUUUCCUUUGCUCUGUUUUGGCUGCUGGAAAUACAGUUGAUGAUAAAACUGACAUCUUUGAGCUGUUUCUAAACUGUUCGAUAGAUUGACAACCAAAAACUGGAAAAAAAAAAAGACGAGAGUCUUGAUUUUUUUUUUUAAAGACUGACUUUUAUUUAAUCAAUGUUUGUGACAGGUUCCUCUAUUUUAUUUCUAAGCCUGUGGCACUAGCAAGCAUCAUUCCCUUGUAUGUUUUUAAUGUAGGUUGUGAGAGUUUUGGCCAAGAAUACGUAGAUGACAAGCCACAGACGAGUGAAAGUUAAACUGGUCUGUAAAGCAAAUUAAUGCAGUUAAUAUUUUCUGGGCACUUUGUUAUUUCCCAACUGUUAAAUGUGACACAUGAACACAAAAUGCGAAAAAUCUCAAGCAACGCCUUCAGAAUUAAAAUCCUCCUCACACGCACCAGAGCAACAUCCUGCAAUAAGGGACAGAUUCUGACUGUCCCUUUUUGAAAUGAAUUAUUUGCAUUUAUGUGGAGAAAAGCACACCCGGCCAUGACUUGCAGGGUUUGUUUGUGUCCGAACACUGGGCACGCUGUGUUCCUCAUGUGGAGCCUCUGUGUGGAAUGCGCGGCCAUGCACCUGCAUUCCAAUAGAGGGGAAAUUUGAGUCGCAAGAUCUUCUCUAAAAAAGACACAAA